AUGUCGUUGCAGGUGCCUGACCCAGACAGGCUACAGUUCUACCCUCCAAAUCAAGCUAAGCAGACUAGAUUUGCACCUCUGCCACCCAGACCGCCUCCAGCGCGGCAUUCUUUUCUCAAUGCCCGGAGUUCGUGGAUGAAGGGAAGCCAACGGGCACCCCUUGGUAACCGUUAUUCACGCUUACCACGCCUAAGCCGACUGUCCUACUUCCCCGUUGCUAACGAAUACAUUGAUGGAGUCUUCAACGAGAAGACGAGCUUGCCGCCUCGGUGGUCAUUCUACGUACCGGAUUUCGACUUCGACGUCAAAGACUUUGAGAAACACGAGGAUAAUGAAGAUGACGACGGUCCCACGGCACUGAAGGCCUUCCGCGUUGACUUUUAUCCUGGAGACCCAAGCGACCCGAAGUGCUGGUCUAUCCGCUACCGAGUGCUCGUGAUCGGCAUGUUUGCCUUCACCACUCUCGCCACAGGCAUCUAUUCCACUGCUUACUCAAGCGGUAUUAACGACAUGGUCAAAGAGCUCGGAAUCACCAACUCAUCGCUACCAUUACUCGGCAUCUCGCUUUACCUAGUUGGCCUGGCGCUGGGCGCUCUUAUCAUGGCGCCGCUAAGCGAGACUUUCGGUCGAAGACCAAUGUACAUCGGUGGUCUCACCGUCUUCUUGGCUCUUAUUCCAAUUGCUGCGCUCGCGACGAACUUUACAAUGGUUAUUGUCGCGCGCUUCUUAGGGGCUGUUGCAGGAAGUGUCAUGCUCUCAAACGUGGCAGGAUCCAUCAUCGAUAUCACCGACCCAAAAUACCUCCCCUUGGCGAUAUCCGUCUACUCUUUUGGGCCCCUCAACGGACCAGUGCUUGGACCUCUAGUCGGAGGCUUUCUUGUUGAAGCAUGGGGUUGGAGAUCAUUGAACUGGAUGUCUUUGAUCUCAACAGCCGUUGGAGCUCUUUUCAUCAUGACAGUCCCUGAAACAUACCGUCCCACGCUCCUGAGAAAGAUGGCGGCAGAAAAGCGAAAAGAAGAACAAGACUUCCGAUACUGGUCUGAUUUUGACGAUACCGUUCCGCUAUUUCGCAGAAUCCGCACUGCUGUCUCUCGACCUUUUAUUCUGUCUUUUACCGAACCUGUACUACUAUUUUGGAACGUCUACAUUUCAGUCAUUUAUGCCAUUGUCCAGUUGGCAUAUGUCGCAUUUCCCAUCAUCUUUCAAGAUGAACGAGGUUGGAAAACCUCCCUGUCAGGUCUUGCAUUCCUUGGGGUUUUCGUCGGCAUCGCCCUCGUCCUCUUCACAGAGCCCCUGCUACGGAGGCUAGUUCAGCGUCAAGCGAAGAACCCCGAGACCGGGAAGCCAGAGCCAGAAGCCGCCGUGCUUCUCAUCUGUAUCGGCGCAGUUCUUGAACCCCUGGGUCAACUCAUGUUCGCACUCACAUCGCUUCCCGUCGAAAUCCCCUUCUACUGGAGCAUAUUAUCAGGAGUUCCUUUCGGAUACGGUUUUGGCCUUGUGUUUAUUUACGGCACCGGUUACAUUUCCAACGUUUUCGGCAUGUACGCUACUUCGGCGUCUGCAGGAAACUUGGUCUUCCGGUCGAUCUUGGGCGCCAUUUUGGUUCUGGUGGGCAAGAGCAUGUAUGCAGCGCUCACCCCGCGCAUCGCUGGCAUUACAAUCGGCGUCGCCGAAGUCGUGCUGAUGCCGAUUCCUUUCAUUUUUCUCAAAUGGGGCAAGAAUAUUCGGCAAAGAAGCAAACUCAUUCGGACAUUGGAAGAGCAGGCGAAAAAGGUUGGAAAGUGA